GGAAGACCUGAGCAGCUUCGCCGCGGUCCAGCUGCGGAGCUGCGGGGACCGGCGGUGGAUGACGUUCUCCCUGAAAAUGGCGAUGAAGGGAAUCCAGGAUGCCGCCUCUUUGUCGGAGCACGCCUUGCGCUGCGCCAUUGCCGUCUUGGACCAUCAGGAAGCCAAGGCGGAUGACAUCGAGGAUUGUCUCCUGAAGUUUAACCGUUUGCUGAGCAACCCUGUGCCCAGCAGCAAGGUGAUCGACAUGAUCGCAUCUUCAAAUUUCCCCAGCAGCAUCGUUCGGGUCAUGAGGCGCCACAAGGAGAACCUGCCCAUCUUGGCCCUGGCGUGCCAGUGCGUGGCUGGCUCCGCCAGCACUACCGAUGCGGCCACCAGCUUCGCGCGGGCAGGUGUGUUAGAUGAGGUUUUGAACGUCAUGGACAGCCACAAGACGCAUGGAGGAGUGCAGAAUGUUGCAUUGUUCCUGUUACGCACCAUCCUGAAGGAUGGGACUGCAGCGCGUCAGGCUGUUCAGAAUGGAGCCAUCGCCAGAGUCCUGGCGGCCUUGAACUUGUCCAUGGGCCGCGAGAUUCAAUACGGCGGCUUGGUGUCACUGCGCCAGAUGAUGGAUGCGAGUCGCCAGAAUCGAUACUUUUGGCAAGAGAGCCUGAAGACGCAGCGUGCGCAAAUUCAAGAAGCGGGGCUCCAAGCCAAGGCGCACCAUCAGUCCGAUGCCGCCCUCUGUGAGGCAGCUGACGACACGUUGGCCUUCGUGAUUCCUCGGUUCAAGGAGGUGCCCUGCUGGCACUGGCAGUCUGGGUGGUGCAAGAUGGGCCCCAAAUGUACCUAUGCUCACGGCCAAGAGGACCUUCGUGGGGGUCAUGGCAAGGCCUAUGGCAAGGGAGGCUACCGCAGAAAUGCGGCGGAGUAGGAGGGUCGACGAACGUACGGCUCCUCCGAGAUUUCGCGACGAUGUGAGCAGAGUGCUGUGUUUUUACCUCCCACUGCAGUUGCACCGGAGCCCUCUAGAGACCUGGUGUGCUGCGGCCAUGGGCGUUCCACCGCAUGUGUUGCAUGUCAAGUUUUGGCCCAGUUGGCAGACAGUCGCGCCGAAAUUUGAAAAAUGCUGGGCCAGGGUGGGCAGGGUGUAGCACAGAGCUCUCUGUUUUAGGUCUCAUGACGUUUUUGCAUCGACACUAUCUCUGCAGUCACUGGAAUGGUGAAGA